AAAAUAUAUUUGUCUCAUUCUAACUUAUCGUACGAGUUUAGUAGUGCAGCCAAAAAGAACAGACCUAUAGCGAUACCGCGCCCGUACAACCUACAACAUGGCUGACAGUCACGUGAACCACAAUGACCACUGACAUCAAAGAAACUGCAGCUACUGUUGCAACUGUGUGUAGUUAAAUUGUUCCGGUAUGCUAUCUACCAUGCCAUAUUCGCGCUCACAUGACGGAACAGGUAAUAAGAGAAUCAUUUUUGACGAUGACUUUGGCAAACACACACAUCAAGAUCCAAAAACGAAAAGAGAGGAAAAGGUGAAUUUGUUUGAAGAUGAUGAUCAUAAUGAAGAUGUUGACGAUAAUGAGAAUUUAUGGAAUGAGGAUACAUUCAACACCAAGAAACGUAAAAAGAUUAUUCUCGGCCACGACGCACGAUUUACUUUGGACGGACGUUUUGCAGAAGAUAAUCAUCAGGAUGAGACUGAGGUUAUCACUGGUGCUGAGGAGUGUGAUUUGCAGAAAGAGAAGGAGAGGGAAUUGGAUAUACUGAAAGAUGUCUUGGGAAUGCCCUUUUCAAUGAAAAAUCAAGAAGCAAAGGCAUCUAAGAAAGAAUUGAUGAUACGUUACGAUCCAGCUGAAAAAAGACACUGCGAAUACGAAGUGAAAACUGUGCAAUCAGAAACGAAGGAAAGAAGCGCCAAGCAAAAGAAACGUGAGAAAGCGAAAAUCGAGGAAUCUACGGCCGCAGAAGUGCCGAAAGAUGUUUAUUACACCGUCUCUGACACUUUGACGCGAAGUUUAAAGCAGAAUGAGAGAUUUAGUUUGUUGAAAGCAUGCGGGAGAGAGGAAAACGACAUGAACAUCGAUGAUCGUGACACGAGAAACUGCGAUAUUGCGAAUUCUGGUGUAUCCACGAUGAGAAAUGACAAGGACGUGCGGUUUCAUUUUAGCGCGAGGAAUGCGUUCAAGCACGAUUUGUCUGAUAACGAAGAUUUGAACGAGAGAUUUGAUGAACGAGUUGUCGAACAGUCUGAGAACGAUAAUCGUAUAAAUGAUCUGUUCGAAUAUGGAAAUAUUCUUUUCUUUAGAAACGACGAUGUACGAUUUAACGAGGCUGUGAGAUUCUUCGACGUAAAGGUUACUUCAAGUGAGGAAUUCAAGAAUUUGAGGCGCAAAUUGAAAGUUAUCAUACGCACGAAAAUUCGUAGAAAUGAAAGAAAAUAUCAGCCAUGGAAUAAGAAAAAGAAAAUAAAAAGAUCGUAAUAAAUA